GCAGGCGGCGGGGGAGGCUGUCAGGCGCUGACGGCCGACCGGACGCGCCCAGUUUGUUGCUGCUGUUGCCGCCGCUGCUGUUUCUCCUGAGGCGCGACUGACGGCUCGGUGCGGGCGGCGACGGCGGCGCUGCUGUGAGGGCUGCCCAGGCGGCGCUGGGGGCUCCGGCCGCGACGACGGCUCCGGCCAUGGACGAGCAGGCGGGGCCUGGCGUCUUCUUCAGCAACAAUAACAACAACAACGCGCUGUUGCUGCCGCCGCCUCCGGGUGGGGCUGGGCCGGGGCUGGAGCCGGGGGAGGCGGCAGCGGCGGCGGCGGCUGCAGCUGCCGCUGUGGCUGCUGGGGGGUCCACGGCGGCGCCGGCGCCGGCCUCUGCGGCGCGGGCUCAGUACAGCGUGCCCGGCAUUCUGCAUUUCCUGCAGCACGAGUGGGGCCGCUUCGAGGCCGAGAGAGCCGAGUGGGAGGCGGAGCGGGCGGAGUUGCAGGCCCAAAUUGCCUUUCUUCAGGGGGAAAGAAAAGGACAAGAGAAUCUGAAGAAGGAUCUAGUGCGAAGAAUAAAAAUGUUGGAAUAUGCUCUUAAACAAGAAAGAGCUAAAUAUCACAAGUUAAAAUAUGGUACAGAGUUAAAUCAGGGAGACAUGAAACCUCCCAACUAUGAUUCUGAUGAAGGGAAUGAAAAUGAAGUCCAUUUACAGCCAAAUAGUCAGCUAAUAUGGAAACAGGGACGCCAGUUGCUCAGACAAUAUCUGCAAGAGGUAGGAUACACUGACACAAUACUGGAUGUGAAAUCAAAACGGGUACGAACUUUGCUGGGCCUCUCCAGUGAUGGGCCAGCUGGGGAAGAUGACAAAAACCAAGACUCGAUGGUGAACGGAACAGAAGCUGAGAUUAAAGAAAAAGUGAUGAUUGGGAAACCAGAUUUGACAGACUCUGCCUCACUGCUAGAGACAUUUAAAUUCCUUGAAAAUGCAGCUGCUGAAUUCAGUGAUGAAGAUGACGAUGAUGAUAUUGAUAGGAGAGAGAGAACAAUCAUGGAUACUUCAACGAUUGUCAGGAAAAGGGUGCUUUCUGAUAGUAGUGAAGACAGAGAUACAGAAGAAGCCUUGAAGGAGUUUGACUUCUUGGCUACAUCUGAUGAAGGAGAUGGAGAAUCCAGAAGUUCAGGAGAUGGUACUGACUGGGAAAAGGAAGACCAGUGUCUCAUGCCUGAAGCCUGGAAUGUGGACCAGGGAGUAAUAACCAAACUGAAGGAACAAUACAAAAAGGAGCGCAAGGGGAAAAAGGGGGUGAAGAGAAAAACUACCGAAGAUAUGUUUCAGCCUCAGUCCUAUAUAAAACAAUCAAAACAGGGAUGUGGGAAAAUGAUGGAGCAAAAUGCAGGGCCCAACAGGUCAAAACUACAAGAUAUGCUUGCUAACUUGAGAGAUGUUGAUGAUCUGCCUUCAUUACAACCAUCAGUUGUACCACCCACUAGACCUAGUACUUCACGACUUAUUGAACAUGAGAUAAACAGAACAGAUGAAGUGGAAGCUUUAACAUUCCCUCCUUCAUCUGGAAAAUCUUUUAUUAUGGGAGCAGAUGAGGCCCUUGAAAGUGAACUUGGUCUUGGAGAAUUGGCAGGCCUUACAGUAGCUAAUGAGGCAGAUUCACUGACCUACGAUAUAGCAAACAAUAAAGAUGCCCUGAGGAAGACUUGGAAUCCCAAGUUUACCUUAAGAAGCCAUUUUGACGGAAUAAGAGGUCUAGCUUUCCAUCCUGUUGAACCAGUAUUAAUAACAGCAUCAGAGGACCACACAUUAAAAAUGUGGAAUCUACAAAAAACUUCUCCAGCAAAAAAGAGUGCUUCUCUUGAUGUUGAACCUAUAUACACUUUCAGAGCACAUAAUAGUCCAGUGCUGUGUGUGGUAAUGAGUAGCAGUGGGGAACAGUGUUACAGUGGGGGAACUGAUGGUCUCAUCCAAGGUUGGAAUACUACAAACCCAAAUAUUGAUCCCUAUGAUUCCUAUGAUCCUUCUGUCUUAAGAGGUGCAUUUAUAGGCCACACAGAUGCAGUGUGGGGUUUGGUUUACAGUGGAACACACCAGCGCUUGCUGUCCUGUUCAGCAGAUGGCACUAUACGGUUAUGGAAAGCUUUGGAGAUCUCUCCAGCAUUGAACAUAUUUAAUGAUAAUCAAGAGAUGGGGAUUCCGUCUUCUGUGGACCUUGUGAGCAGUGACCCAAGCCAUAUGGUGGCAUCAUUUAACAGUGGGAAAACAAGCAUUUUUAACAUGGAAACAAGACAACGGAUUCUCACCUUGGAGUCCAGCAUAGAUACUACUACUAGCUUUUCUUGCCAAAUAAACAAAGUAAUCAGCCAUCCAACUCUUCCAAUUAGUAUCACAGCACAUGAGGACAGACACAUCAAAUUCUAUGACAACAACACAGGAAAACUGAUCCAUUCCAUGGUAGCCCACUUGGAUGCAGUCACAAGUUUAGCUGUUGACCCAAAUGGCCUGUACUUGAUGUCUGGCAGCCAUGACUGUUCAAUACGCUUAUGGAACCUUGAAAGCAAGACUUGCAUUCAAGAAUUUACAGCUCAUCGCAAAAAAUAUGAUGAAUCUAUUCAUGACGUGGCAUUCCACCCUUCCAAAUGUUAUAUUGCCAGUGGAGGAGCAGAUGCACUUGCUAAAGUCUUCGUAUGACGCAAUAAUUACCUACUUUCUAGCUGCCGUAUAUUUAUAACAAGCUGUACAAAAGACAAGAACAAGAGUCUUGUCCUUUAAUUCAAAUGAAUGUUAGUCUUGGGGGGUGGAGGAUUAUUUUUGCGAGGUGCUCUUUUUUAAAUUAAAGAGUCAUCACAUGAGUUCAACUGGGAUACUCUAUUUCAAACAGUCUGGAGAAGAACCUUUUUUUAAAAAAAAUUGAUGGUGUCAAUACUUGUCCAGGCAGGCCUGUGACAAAUGGAGAUCCCCCAUAAUUUUUGUUAACUGUUUCAGCAAUGCAGAGUUGUUGACAAGGAUGCAGGGUAGCUUCUCUGCCUGUUCUUCAACUGAAGAAUUUUAUUCAUGUGCUUCAGUUAAAUAAUGUUAAACAUUGGUGAUUCAUGUGACUCCUGGAUCUACCCAAUUAAUAUCAUCCCAUCUUCUCUUUUCUUUGGUUCCUCUUGCUGGAUGAUGUAUAUAGAAUAAUACUUGAUUUAACCUUAGCCUGCUGGCUGUAAUGUUAGGUGGACGGGGUUUAAGAUGUUAAAUAUUUAAAAAUAUUAAUGUGGUAAUAUGUUUCCCUAAUCAUACUGUAUUAAAAGCAAAUAUAUAAAAGGCAUAAAAUGUAUGUUUUAUUUAAACCUUUGAAAGAAUGUGUUAAGAAGUGGCUGGGACCACAGAUUAGCCUUUAAUCCAUCUUCAUGUGAUACCCGAGUGGCAUGCACUGUUUACAAGGGAUGUGACUUAUUUCAGAUGUUAUGCAUAUGGAGCUUAGUAACAUUUUGAACUUACCCCUUUUCAACUAAACAUGAAAGACUAACUGUGCAGGCUUUAAAAGGUCUUGCUCUUGAAAAGCAUGUUAGCUGCAUCCAAACAAUAAUUUCAUUGUGUCUUGAAUGAAGCACCACUGUCAUAUGACCUCAGACUCCCUUUUGCAGUGCCCCAGGGUUGAGAGACUACUUCUCCCUCAGUGUUAUUGCGAAGGAGUAUUUGUGUGAUUUAGCCAUGUGGACGGGGCCAGCCAAGAAGGAUUUUCCUACUUGAUCUGCAUCUUCCCUGUGGAUUGCUGAUUGAAGGAGAAAAUAUGUUCCAGUUCAGCAAGUUGGCCUACACGGUUAUUUCGUUCACAUUCCAUAGCAGCAUGAACUGAAGCCAACUAUAUGUGCCACGGUUUAUGUGUGAGAGAGAUUCAGUUGCUGUCCACCUAGUGUGAAAACGGCUGCAGAGUACUGAAAAGAUUUUUUUAAAAUUUUGAACCUGUGCAGUUUCUUAUAUCCCUGAAAUGUUUUAGUAUAGUUGUACUGUUUGUCAUUAAUUGUGUGAGGUUAUAGUAGUCCUUGGUGGAAGUGACCACAGGUAGAUGGUGUUAUCCUUGUAGGAAAGGUAGUCUGCAUCAUGUUUUCAUUCAAGAGACUUUGCAGGUUAGGAAUAGGUAUUUGGAAUCACAAAAGCAGCUUCAUGAGCUUCAAAUUAUGCCACUUUUGUAAAAAAGUUUAGGCUUCAACAGAUUCAUUUGGAACAUAAUCAAACAUCAGCCAGCAAUGAAGAAUUCAGAUUAAAUUAUUUGGUGCUCUGUUAUAGAGAUUUAGAUUGUUUCUUUUUGGUUCGAAGAUGUUACAUGCUCCAUUCAAAACACAAAUCUAUGUGAAGAAACUUUUUAUAUUUCCUCUCAAUACUGAUGUGCAGUAUGUUCCCUUAAAUAAAAACAGAACCUUUAUGGUACAAUCCUAUGCAGAGUUGCUCUUGUCUAAGUCCACUGAAAUCAAUGGGCUUAGACUGGAGGAACUCUGCAUAGGAUUGCACUGUUAGACAUAACAUUACAAAAGUAAAUUAAAAUAUAUAGGCAUCAUCUUACCACAUAAUUUGAGUCAAAGUGGAAGGUCCAACUACAUAAAUAAGCAUUUAUUUAUAUUACUUUUAUGUACAUGCCCCUUGUCCUCUUGAUGUACAUUUUUAAGGGUAUCAGAAAGGCUUAUUUGGAAAACCAAAUACAUGAAAUUGUGUAUAUUAUGUGUUUGUACAGAUAUAUAUAUAGAGAGAGAGAGAAGAGAUUAUAUACAGAUAUAUAUAUAGAUAUAGAUUGUAAACAGAAUGUAUUAAAAUACUUCUAAGGGAAUAUUCUAUUGGUAAUUUUAAUGUUUUAGUAUUAACAGUUCUUCAGGCUUUGUGAGUACAAAGGAUAAAAUGUAUGAGUAUUGUGCUCUUUGCUUAAGCAAUAUAAUACACAGUUGCUGAUAUUUAAACUGCUGUACAUAUAAUUAAUAAGUCAGCAUGCUUGUUUUUAAGACUCAUUCUGGUUAAAUCAUGGAUGUAAUAAGUUUCUACUCAAAUGUGGAUUGAAAGAUGCUCCAUCCUGCUUAGUGAGUUUUACUUCAAAUGAAGUGACUAUUAAAAGAGGCAAAUAGCUCGAGGCCGAGUGCUUUUGGAAAUCAAAAAAAUAGUUCUACCAUGCAGUUGUGGGCUCUGUAUUUGUACUUUUUAGGCUCUUUGUCAGUAUCCUGCUUGCAUUAUAUAGACUGCAUCAUACUGUGCACAAGUAAUAAAAGUUCUUUGAGAUCCUUUCA